UUCUCGCAACGGGCAUGCUGCUUGAUUACUACGCACAAUUUGAUUCCUUUAACAUGUGUUCAACAGUUUCGUAACUUUAUAAUAUUUUCAAAACGAUGGAUAGUGAUAAUAACAACUCACAAAUCGUGUGCCGUUUCUGCCUGCAGUACAGCCACCAUAUGAUGCCUCUGGAAACAGUCUACAACAGGGAGAAAUCGUUUCUGGAGAAAGUCUACCAAUGUGCCCAGAUAAAUAUAAUAGAUCUGGACGAGCUGCGUACGUGGGUAUGUGAAGGCUGUUUAGAAAACAUUGGUAAGUUCUACAACUUCCGGAACAUGCUGCAACAAAAUUUGACGGACUUUAACGAGCGGUUUCGGGCGGAACAAAAGGAACAUCAGCACGCGGCCGAAUGGAACGAUAACCAACAGCUGGAGGUGGUUUAUAGUGAUUUCAGCGACUGCGACGAUUGCUACGAAGUUCCACCGACAGAUUCCGAGUACGACACGGAGGGCGAUGCCGGGUUGCGCGAUAGGAAACCUGUUGAUUAUGCGAUGACAGGAGCAUGCGAGGCAGCGGAAAUUGAGGCCGAAUUUGCGGAAAUAGUUACGGACGAGUGCGUGGGACCUUUGGUGAACUUUGAAAUUCCGUCUAACAGCAGUAAGCACGUAGGAGAACAGAUGAAGCAAUCACAUUGUGCAUAUUCUAGAAGAAGGAGAUGAAUUUAUUGUUCGAUUGUUGAAUUAUUGUGGUAACUAGAAAUUGUUUGUUGUUUUCUUUCUCUUGGAAUUGCAACUCGUUAGAAUUAUGUUUACGAAAAUCUAUUAUACUUCAUUAUACAUAUAAUGUAAUAAAUCACGAAUGCCGCUGGAUUUUA